AUGGUCUUUCGAGAGAAUGUCCAGGAUGGUCGUUGUGACCAGUGCAGAGUGGAGACCUUCCACCUUGACCCCACCAACCCUAAAGGCUGCACUUCCUGUUUCUGUUUCGGAGCCACCAACCGCUGUCGUAGCUCUGAGAAACGACGGACUGAGGUGAUGGACAUGAUGGUCUGGGUGCUGCUGGGAGCAGACAGACAGGAAGUUCCUGUGACAGUAUAUCCUGGACAGGAUGUGGUGGAGGCGGACCUUGGUGAUGUACCUGAUGUCUACCAAGACCUCCUGUGGCACGCUCCUAGAACAUACCUGGGAGACAAGGUGUCGUCUUAUGGAGGCUAUCUGCGGUACCGUCUCCACACUCAGACUAUGAGAGGAGAUGUUGUCUCUCUGCCCGCUGAAGCCUCUCGACCGGACGUCAUUCUCAAGGUGCCCAUCCCACCACAGGGACCCCAUGCUUUACACCCAAACACAGUAGAAUGA